GGGCCGGGGGAGGGAGGUUCGUUCCGCGGAGCCGCAGUCAGAACUGGGUGAGGCUUAUCCCAACUGUCUUACCAGUCCAGGGUCGCCGAAAGAGGGUUGUCUGGGAGCAGUACAGCCUCCGGAGAAAGCAGAGGCGGAGGCAACUGGGGAGGCGGGAUGGGUGAGGGCAGCCUCCUGAGCCUCCCACAGACCCGGGAUUAAUACCUCGCAACGCGACAGCCGUCGCCGCUACCGCGUCGGGCCUCCGGGGCUGCUCUCAUGUCACAGGUGCCUUCUGGUGCAGCCCAAAGGAGCAGGAAUCACCUUCAAGCCAAUAUAGUGAAGAUUUGGCAGAAAUUAAAAAGGAGAACAUCUCCAUUGUUCUUUGGUAUGGAUAAAUGUUCAGUGGGAGGAUUAGAACUGACUGAACAGACUCCUGCUUUAUUAGGGAGUACAGCUAUGACAACUAGUCUUGUGGAUUUAGGAGAUUCAUUUGGUGAUCCAACUAGUCAGUUAGUCAGAAGAUCUGGAAACUCAUCAGUGGAAGAUGAUGAUGAUGUUGUAUUUAUUGAAUCUAUACAACCUCCUUCAAUUUCUGCUCCUAUAAUAGCUGAUCAAAGAAGCUUUAUAUUUGCAUCAUCAAACAAUGAAAAGCCACAAGGAAGUGAUUCUAUAAUUCUUCCUUCUUCAAGAGAUUUGGCUUCUCAGAAGGGAAAUAUAAGUGAGACAAUUGUUAUUGAUGAUGAAGAGGACAUAGAAACACAUGGAAAGGAGGAGAAAAGUUCUAGUUUUAUUGAAUGGGAACUUCCUGAAACUGAAAACAGAACCAAAGAUUUGGAUUUCUCCACUUCCGGUCUUUCAAGAAGUAAGACCAAGACUGGAGUAGGACCUUUUAAUCCUGGUAGAGUGAAUGUGACAGGAGACGUGUUUCAGAAUGGAGAAUCAGCAACUCAUAGUCCUGAUUCUUGGAUCUCCCAGUCAGCUUCAUUUCCCCGUAAUCAGAAACAGCCAGGAGUGGAUUCUUUAUUGCCAGUCGCCUUACUUCCUAAACAGAGUUUCCAGCCUUCUGCCCAACAACAACUUAUUAAACCAGCUAAUAUCACUUGUGCAUAUUGCAAAAAUCCUUUACAGAAGGGACAGACAGCUUAUCAACGGAAAGGAUCAGCUCACCUCUUUUGUUCUACUACCUGCCUUUCUUCCUUCUCUCACAAACAUACUCGAAAGACACGAAGUGUAAAAUGUAAAAAAAAUGCAUCUACAAAGGAGGCUACUAUUCCUCUGGUGGAAUCAAGCAAAUCCUUCCAAGAAUUUUGUGGUACAUCUUUUUUGUCUCCCUGUGAAGACAACCAGAAUCUUAAAAAGGGAGUUUUUAAUAAAUCAAGAUGUAUAAUCUGUAAUAAAUUAACACAGAUUCGCCAUGAAGUCAGCGUAAAUAAUGUAACACAUAAACUGUGCAGUAACCACUGUUUUAAUAAGUACAGAAUAGCAAAUGGCCUAGUAAUGAACUGCUGUGAACAGUGUGGGGAGUACUUGCCCAGUAAAAGCACUGGGAACAACAUCCUAAUGAUUGAAGGCCAGCAGAAGAGAUUUUGCUGCCAAUUUUGUGUUAACAAAUAUAAACAGAUGAUGGAAACACAAUCAGAGAAAUUAUCACCAUCAGAAAAUAGAAAAAGAAAUGCUGUUAGAGAAGAAAAUGAAAGACAAUUAUAUGGAUGGUCAGGUAUACUUUUAGAAAAAAUAGAGGGACUACCAGAAAAAAAGAGAAAGACUUCAGAGCUACAGAGUUCUACAGAAUGUAGUACAGAUACAUUACUGAUCGAAGAGAACAUGAGUUUAUCACCUUGUUCCAUGUCAACCAUAGCCGAUAAAUUUCAAGAGCAACUGGAAGCGAAAAGAUCAGAAGACUCCAUUAUACCAGUUGUGCUUUCUGCAGAUCCAGGUACAUGGCCCCGAAUUUUGGAUACUAAACAACGGGACACUCUUGUUGAAAAUGAUCCACCUCAAGUAAGACAUUUUAACUUUCCAAAAGACAAUACAGGGAGGAAGUUUUCAGAAACUUAUUAUACCCGCGUUCUUCCAAAUGGUGAAAAAACCACUAGAUCCUGGUUACUUUAUUCAACCUCAAAAGAUUCUGUGUUUUGUCUACAUUGCAAGCUCUUCGGGGAAGGAAAAAAUCAACUAAGAAAUGAGAAUGGGUGCAGAGAUUGGCAGCAUUUAUCACAUAUUCUUAGUAAACAUGAAGAAAGUGAAAUGCACAUCAACAAUAGUGUUAAGUAUUCAAAAUUAAAAUCUGAUCUGAAAAAAAAUAAAACUGUUAAAGCUGCAGAACACAGAUUAUGUGAAGAUGAGAGAAAUGAUGGUGUGCUCUUGUACACAUAAUAUACUUGAUUUGGUUUUGGGGUCUUAACUCAGAAAAAAAUCUAUACCAUAAUAGUCAAUAACUAAUGUGUUAAAGGACUCCUAUACAGAGUAACUUGGAACUGUUCAUUAGCAAUAAGUAUAAUAGCAAAUAAAUAGCAAAAAUAUUUUUAUUCCAAAUCUAAAACUAACUGGACUUAAUAGUCAUUAAUGCAUAGUUUUAAUAAAGGCAAUUAUUAAUUGUCCCUGCCUAUAAAUGUAGUACACCUUCUUAAAAUUGGCAUUUGAAAGCUGCCAUUUGGCUCGGUGCCUGUAGCUCAAGCAGCUAAGGCACCAGCCACAUACACCAGAGCUUGCGGGUUCAAAUCCAGCCCCGGCCCGCCAAACAAUAAUGACAACUACAACAAAAAAAUAGCCAGGCGUUGUGGUGGGCGCCUGUAAUCCCAGCUACUUGGGAGGCUGAGACAAGAUAAUCACUUAAGCCCAAGAGUUGGAGUUUGCUGUGAGCUGUGAUGCCAUAGCACUCUAGCCAGGGCGAUAGCUUGAGACUUUGUCUCAAAAAGAAAAAAAAAAAGGAAGGAAAACUGCCAUUUGACAAAUUUGAUUAAUACUGUUCUAGGCUCAGUGCCCUGGAGCACAGUAGUUACGGUGCCGGCUACAUACACCAAGGCAGGUGGGUUCGAAUCCAGCCCAGGCCAGCUAAACAACAAUGACCACAGCAACAUGAAAAUAUCCAGGCUUCGUGGCAGGUGCCUGUAGGCCCAGCUAGUUUGGAGGCUGAGGCAAGAGAAUCACUUAAGCCCAAGUGUUUGCGGGCUUUGAAACGGGCUCUGAAACUAUAGCUUUUUGCCAUUAAACCAAAUAUUUGUGAUUUAUUUCUUUUGAACAAUACAUUUUUCUUUUUAUUUACAUAAUAUAGUAUCAUUUCUUAUAUAUUUUAUUGGUUCUAUUCUUGUAAUUUAAAUUAUAAAUGUUUUAGCUUUUAUUGUUGUUUGAGAACUAUAAGCAUAAAGAAUACAUACCUAUUUUUAAAUUGGUACAAAUAUGAAAAAAUAAAAAUAUAUUGUUAAC